UCGGAUAUGACACCGACUUGGAUAGGUUACGGCAUGAUGCACAUAGUACUAAAAUCACUGCUCCGAAGUCUCAAUUUCUGAAGUAUAUUUUCAACUGUUUACCUAAAAGUGCACGUUGAUUCGUAGGUUCUAGACGAAUCCUGAUCGCAAGGCUAAAACCAAGAUGGCAGCUCCACAGGACGUCACCUUGAAGCAGCUCGAUGGGAAAUGGACCUUGAACAAGAAACUCUCCGGUUCUACGGAUCCCCUUCUCUCUUUGCAAGGCGUCAAUUGGGUAAUCCGAAAGGCAAUUGGCGUCACAACCAUCACGCUCGACGUUAGCUCGUAUGUCCAGGACGACGUGCUGCGAAUUGAUAUUGAACAAACCUCCUCCAGUGGGAUGUCAGGCACCACCGAGAAGAGGGUUCUGGACUGGUCGCCACAGCCUCAAGAAGAUCACAUUUUUGGCAAAUGCACUGUCCGAACCCGCUUGGUCGAGGGCAUCCAGCAGGACGGAAAGACUAUUCCAGCUCUUGAACAGCAGACCCCUGUGUCAAAUGAAAAAGUGGCAAGCUUCCUCAAGGGCUUGUCGCUAGCUGAUGGCCCUUCUGAUGGAUAUCUGGCGGGAGAGGAGGAUAUCUUCGUGCACUUUUUCGUGCGUCACCUGGAGAAGGAUUGGACAGCGGAACAGAUCUGGGGAUUUGAGAUGAUUGAUGACGAUCGACAUUGGGUCCGUCGAGUUGUUGUUGCCAAUGUCGAAGGCGACUUUCACGAAGCUAGGCUUGUCUAUGACUUUCUUGGGAAGAAGUAGACCAGCAGGUAUUCCUGAUAUGCCACAUCAGAUGUGUACUAGACACCCUGCAGAAACAGAUGACAAUUAGAACAUACAAGAACAACGCGCUCGGUGUCAGGACAAUGUACUUUGUGCUCUCCCUAUUGCAUUCGUGAGACACGAACAAUACUCUUCCACAAAGCAAUGGCAUGUGGGAGUGACG